GAUCUCGACUCGUAGGAGCCUGGCCAGCUCCCCCGCGCCUUCCCCACAUUAAUCGCGCCUACUGCGUUGGCAUAUAUUAAGGAAAAAGUUGGCGCGCACGAGGAGUUUUCUCGGUAGACAAUCGUUGUGCGUCGUUGGAGACAGUCACUUACCGAAGCGGUGCACAAAUAGGCAUUACGACAAUGGAGGAUAAAAACAAUGGCGGGCUCAAGUUCCAAUCGACAGGGUCCAAGCUGGAAAUCCAAUUGGACGAUUCUGCCGAAAGUAUCGCGGACCCUGAAAAUACGAGGAGAAGGAAGAUGGACUGCACCGCUCAGCGUGUGUUCGUCACCGCGGUGGACAUGUUUAAUCAUGCCUUGAUAAUAUUGGUGACAUCGUACCUUGUGUAUCACGCGGCCAAGCAAUGUUACGUAACGAAUGUGCACGUAAUCCUCUGCACCAUUGGGUACGUCCUGCUGAUGUCGGAAGCCACCCUCGUGCUCGCAGGUGAAAACAUCUUGACAAGCGCCUUCUCGCGCCAAGCCAACAAGAAUAUCCAUUGGAUUCUGCAGGUCCUCGGGCUGAUUUGCAACGUGAUCGGCGUGGGUAUUAUGUACAACGCCAAGAGCGCGCACUUCCUCUCGACCCACGGCAUCCUCGGCUUCAGUUCGUUCGUGAUCAUGUGCGUGUUGGCGAUCUUCGGAUAUCCGGUGAUGAUCGCGGUGAAACUUCGCAAAUUCGUGCGCCCGGUGGUUAUCAAGCUCGUGCACAAUUUUCUGGGCAUCGUCUGCUUCGUUCUCGGUAUGCUCGCGCAGUGCUACGGCUACAGUUACAAAUGGGUGUACAGCGUGACGCACGUGGAGAACAUCGACAUGGCCCUGCUCGUUCUUACCGCGGUGAUCACACUAUUGUCCCUGAGGGGCGCGCUUUUUUCUCUCACCAGCCAGACCUUCGUUCUCGUAAGAUCAAUUUGCCCUGCCAUUUCAUACACGGACGGCGGGUCGCCGAGUUCCUCGUUCAGCAAAUUGUAAAUCGCACGUUAUUUUAUUCUUUCCUAUCAUCGCAAGGAUAAUGUAAAUAAUUAGUACGUAAUAACUUUAACGGAGGUUUCCGUCUUAUCAGACAUUCCGAUAGGAUACAUGUAUGUGUGUGCGUGCGUGCGUAUGUAAUGCUCGAUGUGUUAGUUAGAAUGUUAAGUAUGUGAAGCAGCGCAUUAUACGAAUUAAUAUUUAUUAGUAGAAGAAUCAAGUUAAAUCUAGAAAUAUGGCAACAGAAGAUUUUAUACAUGAGAAAAACAUGAAACAUAUUACCGGGGAAGAUCUGAGCUUCUGAUGAAAAAAAAUUCCAGGUACAAGAUAAUAAAAUUGAAUGCAUUUCUCUUUACGGACGAAUAUGUGCUUGCAUUUAAAUUAAUGGGAGUUACAUACGUGCUCGAAAAGGACAUUCGACACGUAUAAAAAGAAAAAAAGAUAGAAAAAGAAAUUAUGCAUGAAAACGACAUUAAGCUUGCUAAUAUUUCCACUGUAUAACGAUUGCAACAGAAGUUUACGGCGACGUUGAUGCGAAAAAUGAGAGAAGGAAAAAGAUAGUGUAUACGGAUGCGAAGCGAUUACCUGAUAUCGGAGUAUUUCGGCGCCGUGAGAGUGUUGAUCACGAACAAAAUACCUCGAUCAAAUGAUUUUCUAUAUGUGACGUGUCAUUAUUUAGAAAUAAAAAGAACUCUUUUUAUAUAAAAAAUCGUUAUAACGUCGUUUCAUUGAUAAAGGUGGAGCAAAUCACGCGUAGGAUGACAGGGGAGGGAGGAAUCUUUUAUGCAAGACAUGCGAUAAAUAUCUACGAUAUAAUUCAUUAUGUUGAAUGCGAUAAAUAUCUACGAUAUAAUUCAUUAUGUUGAAUGCGAUAAAUAUCUACGAUAUAAUUCAUUAUGUUGAAUGCGAUAAAUAUCUACGAUAUAAUUCAU